GCAUUUAUGUGUAUUACACAUUCUCUGGUGUCCGGAGGUAAUUCCAAUUGGGAAAACUCUAAAAUAAAGAGUGUUCUGUUAAAAAACAAACGUGUGGCAACUUUAGAAAUGAAGUACAAAAAAUUGGCAACCACUGAAUGUUGCUGUCAAAGUGAUACGGAUGUUGUGAGCUUAUAUAAAAAAAGUACAAAAUGUAAUUAAAAUUUAUGGUUGGAAGAAAUAAAAGAAUAUUGGUUGGUGCAGGGGUUUUAAAAAACAAAAUUAUAUAUUCUACGUUAAACACUAAAAAGUUGAAAGCAGCAGGUGUUUAAUUGAGGUUUCUAAGCUGUAAUUUCUCCAGUUUAUAAACGAAUACUAUAUACGUUUUGUUGUGUAUAAUGUAUUGAUUUUCUGGUGGCACGUUGUAAAAGAUGGACUUAUAGGUGCACUGGAAACGACUGUUAUUUAGCGCUGGCCGUAUGAAAAAUAGUUAAAAAGAAAUGCUACACAAAAUAAGACAAAUUAUUAAUGAUUUAAAAAAUUUGAAUAUGUGCUUAUGAAAGCGAAUCGGCUUUGAAUUGGAUGCAGAAAUCAAAUAUUUGUACAUAGAUAUGUACAUACAAGUAUAAGUUUAAACAACUUAAGUAAACCGUCAAUUUGAAUAAGAAAUCAGAAGUAAUAUAAUCUGCAAGAAUGCAUUGUACGCUUGUUCCUCAAUGAAUGAAUUGCCUUGAUUGAAUUAGAAUUAAACAUUUAAGUGACCAGUUUAAUUUAUCUAAUGCGCAAAUAGAAAAUGGAAUUAUACUCAUAAACAACAAAACAUAAAACUAAACUAGAUAUAACGUUAAAUCACAUUUCAUAAAGAUACAAGAGUCAAUAUUGACAAUGCAGGAAUGCAAUAGUGAAGAGCGCGUCGAAAGCGCUAAUUCUAGUCCACGUUUACCACACAAACACUUAUCAAUUUUGGGAUUUCUCACAAAGCGGUCCAGUAAAAUUGAGCCACAUCCACGAGAUGGCGAUUCUAAGAAACUUGAAGCAUCAACUGACCAUUUGCGUCCAUCAUCCGCAUGUGGAAGUUACUUCGAUGGCACUAGUCAUGAUGUGACAUUCGCUAAGUGUUCGGCUGAGCGUCAGCGUUCACCUAUCUCUCCGCAAAAACUAAAUGGUAUAAAAAGUAACAAUGAUGCAUCAACAGCUAAGAGUAAAACGUUACCUGCUGGUGGCAAUUACCUGGGAAAAUCAUACAAUAGUAAUGCAUCAAAAUCAAAUUCACAUGCGCGUAGGCGUAGCACCGAUGGGUCACAAAGCGAUAGUGGCGCUGCUGAAGUGGUGCUCCGAAAGACAGCAAAAUAUCGUUCACCGAAUCAUAAUCGUUUUAGUCACCAGUUUAGUUUGUGUUGCAAAGCAGAAAAGAAACCCAUGACACCGCCAGUAACAGUACGUUACAAUUCAAUACCAGAUCCAGCCAAUACGACACUCAAACGCAACAGUCAAACGCUAUGUUGGAGUUUUAUCGAUAAUACAUCGGUUUCACUACAGUCAUCCGAUGAAAAUUCGUCCAUGCAAUUGCCAAAAGGCGAUGCUAAUUUGACAAAUAAUAUAGCAAGAGUGAAUUUAACAGAAUGUUCCAGUGCACCUGAAUCGCCAGUCACAUCCAAGGUGAUGUUUACAUCUUCGCAUAGUAGUCCAUCAAAUGUAUCACUGAAAAGUGGCCAAAGUGAACAAGUGCCAACAUAUAACAAUGAUGGUGCAAACUCCAGCGGUCCAAUACGUCCAUUAGCAGUUUCGGCAUGCCGUUCACGCUUGCGACUGAAACUGUAUCCACCUGGUAAAGAGCUACCACCAUUAGAGCCUAAAAUAAACGAUGCUCAAGGCAACACCAUAAAACGGGCCACCACACCACAACAUAUGUCUUCGCCAAAUAUUGCCAUCCAGCCAGACAUAGCUAGGGAAUUGGAAGCGCACGAAGCCGAAAAUAUGCGUUUCAGUUCACAUGAAAAUAUACAAAUGCAACGACUACAGUCCAGCCAAGUGGGUUUAGCGCGACGUGCGCUGUUAAGUGCACAAGUCCUCAGCUUAAUACCAACGGAUAAAGCGCGUGAAAGGAGUUUUAUGGAGGGUCACAUGGGAUCUUCAGCACUGCUGGGACCUGCAGAAUUGGAUCGCAUCUUACCCAAUAAAGAAAUCACCAUCUUCGUAGGCACAUGGAAUAUGAAUGGACAAAAUCCACCAAAACAAAUGAAUGACUUCGUACUGCCAAUGACGGUGGAGCAUGUGCCCGAUGUUGUUGCCAUGGGCACACAAGAAUCCAGUCCCGAUCGUUUUGAAUGGGAAGUGACAAUACAAGAGACCCUCGGACCAACACAUGUACUCUUCUAUUCAACUAAUUUGGGCACACUGCAUUUGGCUAUCUAUAUGCGUCGCGAUCUGAUUUGGUAUUGCUCAGCGCCUGAGGAUGCUUCCUUUUCGGUGCGCACCGGCACGGCUUUUCGUACGAAAGGCGCCGUUGCUAUAUCCUUCUGUAUCUUCGGCACAUCAAUGCUAUUCGUUACAUCACAUUUAACGGCUCACCAGCAGAAAGUCAAAGAGCGGGUGUCCGAUGUGAAACGCAUCAUACAUGCGCUUGACUUGCCAAAAAAUCUAAAUCUACGUCAUAAAAACAAAGAUGUAACGCAGAAUUUCGAUAAUGUUUUUUGGUGUGGUGACCUCAAUUUUCGGCUUGGUGAACCGCGUGAAAAACUCUUGGAAUGGAUACAAAAUACGAAAUUUCCAUUACCCUCGCACUUGCCACACGGUUAUAUGCAUACCGAUCAAUUAUCCUCAGUUUUGGCAGAUGGCGCUGCUUUUCGUGGUUUCAUGGAGGCGAAUAUAACAUUUCCACCCACAUAUAAGUACGAUCCUGGUACCCAGCAUUUCGAUACAUCAUCCAAACAACGCGCUCCCGCAUACACCGAUCGUAUUCUCUACAAGUUUAGACAGUCGCAAGGUUUGGGCGUACGUCGUGGUAGCGCGCUGACAACAGGUACUAAUGCACCACAGCCUUAUGUGCAGUGUUUGCUCUAUGAUUCUGUGCCAUCCAUCACCACUUCGGAUCACAAACCGGUGUGGGCGUUGUUUAAGACACAAAUACGCGCGGGCACCGACUCCAUUCCCUUGGCGGCUGGUCUAUUCAAUCGUGAUAUUUAUUUGGAAGGCAUGAAAAGACGCUUAAAUAAUCAAUAUUCAGGUUCAUCUGCAGUAUGUGCUAUACAAUAAUGUGCUUUAUGUUUGGAGGCUUUAAAAUUUGUGUAUAUAAAUACUCAAAUACCGUUAAUUAAAAUAGUCAGCUGCGAUAUAUUUAAGUUAUAAAGUGAAGAAAAAGAAAUUUUAGCUUAAAUUUUUAGUUAUAUGCACCAGCUACUAAGUUACAGUGACUAGUCAUUUAAACCAAAGAAAAAUUAACUUUAGAUAUAAGCAUAGUAAAUAAGUAGCAAAUUAGCGAAUAAAAAAAAACUGAAAUAAGCACAUUAACAAAGACAUUGUAUCAACUGAAAUGACAACUAAAGCACUAAAUAAUGCACAAUUGUACACUUGCCUUAACUAUAAAUGACGCUGUUUCCACUUUAAUUGUUUUUUGUUGAAAAAAAUAUUUAUUAUAUUGUUUAUAAAAUAAGUUUAACUAGUGAUUUGUGUUAACAAUAGAGUUUUUGGCAUAUAAACAAAUUUAUAUUAA